GGCCCCGGCGAUUCCAUCUCGACACACGACCCAACCUUCAUCCCGAUCGCCAACGAUCCUUUGCAACGAGCGUAAUCGCACGCGCGUGAGAAAAAAAAAGAGAGGGAAGACAAAAGAAGGAGAGACAGGGACAAGAACCUCCCCCGCGUUCUUUCUUUCGUUCUCCGAUCGAUCGCGAAGUUCGCGCGACCCGGUGAAAGCCGAUCCGCGAGACAAGGAACAAAACAAGCCGAGAAGAGAUCGUCCCGCUUGUGCCCGACGCCGACUCGAUUGGCAUUCUUCUACGUUCCACGGAGGAGAGAAAAAUAUAUAUCAUAAUGAUAAAAUUCACUGUGGUAACGAUGGUAUGCCUCUUGGGGCUGAAAAUGAUCGCUGCCAUGCCAGUGGCCGAUCAUCAAGAGGGCCAUCCUCCACAGCCAGUGGCUGAUCAUCAUGAGGGCCACAUUCCGCAGGUAAUUGAUGAAAAGACCGCGGUGAAAUCUCUGAAGACGGCGGAGGCGGCCGUGCAGAGCAGCGUACCUGCAGAAUCUGUAGCAGCUGGCCAACCAGCACAAGCAGCGGCUGAGCAACCAGCUGCUGUUAAUGAGCCUGCCGUGAGAAGCAGCGAAUCUGCUAGCGAAGCCCAGCCGGCCGAGGCGAAGCAGGACGAGCCGUUACAACCGCAACAGCCGACAGCAGCGGUGUCCGAGGAAGCUCAGGUGCAGCCCAAGUCCUCCGAGGAACAACUCGAGGAGAAGGAAGAGCCGAAAGUGUUGGCCACCGAGAAGAAACAAGAGCCAGAGACCCUGAAGGAAGCGGCAUCCGAGACGAAAGAGUCUGUGCAGCUCGCGCCGCAGGAACAGCCGGCUGAAAUCUCAGCCGAAAAGAAAGAAGAAAACAUAGCCGUCGAAGCUAAAAGCGCGGAGGCGGUCGAACCUGCGGCCGAGAAGCCUGUAGCCAUCGAGAAGCGCGCUGAUGGCGCUGCCGAGAAGAAGAUUGCUGUUAACGAAGAGCCGAAAGAGGAGAAGAAACUGGAGGAACCAGUGCAGCCAGCUGCGAAAAAGGAAGAGGAAAUUCCUGCGGUCGCCGCCACCGAGGAAAAGAAGGUUGAAUCGAAAGCUGAACUACCGAAGGAAUCUGAAGGUCACUCGCUCGCCCACGCCAAGAUCGAUGACAAGUCCGACCGUGUGACCCGCGAUGCCGAGGAAUCCGCUGCGCCCGCCGCCGCCGCUGCAGCAGCUCCCGCCGCAGCUGCAGUUCCUGCCGCUCAGGAACCUGUUCAGCUGCAGGAGAAAUCCGCGCCUGUCGAGGCCGAGCAAAACGCAGCGCAAGCAGCCGCGCCGGUAGAGGAACCGAAACCAGCUGAGAAGAGCGAGAAGAUUGAAAAGAGCGAGCAGCUAGAGACAGCACCCGCCGAACAGCCAGCUGUCAAAGUCGAGGAACCAGCCAAAAGCGAGGAGAAGGCAAUUGAGGUAGCUGCUAAAAAGGAGGCUGAGAAGGAACCGAAGAGUGCUGACUCUCCUGUCCAGCAAGUGGAAGCGGCGAAGGAACAACAGCCCGCACAGCCUCAAGAAUCUAGCCAGAUCAAGCGAGAUGCGGCGGAAGCGCCAGAGCAGCCUCAGGCUAAGUCGGACCUUCCAGCCGCUGAAGAGCAGCAGCAGCUAGCCCAACAACAGCAACCACAACAGCAACAGCAGGAAAUCGCUAAAGAGGUGAAGGAACGCUCCGAUGAUUCUUCCGAAGAGAAAUCUUCCGAAGACAGCAAGGAAGACACCAAAAGCAGCGAGGAGGAAAAAUCUUCCGAGGAGCAGAAGAACGCCAAACCGAAGCUGGGAGAAUUGCUCCCGAAACCCGAGCAGUAAAUCUCGGCACGGGGAGGGUUUGAUUGAUGAGUAACCUCAGCAGCGCGGCAGCAACAGCAGCAGCAGCAUCAUCUCGAGGAGAAGUAAACUGCUCCUCGGGACGAGCUCAGGCAUCGACGUCUCUAAUCACCGGGACGUGGGCACGAGUUCGUCGCGAGAAAACUGGAGCAGAAGUGAGAAAGAAAGAUGUAUGUGUGUGUGUGUGUGUGUGUGUGUGUGUAUGUGAGUGUGGGUGUGUGUGUGUGUGUGUGUGUGUGUGUGUGUGUGUGUGUGCAUACGUAUGUAUGUUGUGAAAGAGCGAGAAUACGAAUGUCAGAGUAAGAAGCACUCUCAGCGAUAAAUCCGGAAAAUGUGAAAAUACUGCACAGCGUGAAUGUCGGAGAAAGAGAAAAAUAAAGAGAGAGGGCGAGAGAGAGAGAGAGAGAGAGAGAGAGAGAGAGAGAGGAAGAGAGAGAAAGAGAGAGUGCAAAAGAGCGAUCCCAUCGACCCCCAUCAAUCUUUCUAUAGGGUAGGGUUAUCCGAUCUUUGAUGGCGCACUACGAUCUCGGUAGCGCAUUUCCGGGAGCGCAGGACGAUCGCGUGUUACCGGAUGCUGCGACACGUGAGCGAACGACACCGUGUAUCGAUCGUAUCUUCGAUACGUGGUAAUCGACGUCCGUGAUCCGAAACAUCGCGAGACGGCAGACGGAGAACACGCGGCAGUCUAUCACAGAAUGCCAGCUUGGCCUGGCUCCGAGCUGGCAUUCCCGUUCGUCCCGGUGGACAUCGCGAUCUGUCCGCGGGGACGAACUCUGCUCCCCUCCCUCCCCCCCGAUCAAUAUCUUUCAUUCCCUUUAUAGAAUCCCCAUCCCUUGUGUCCGAGAAUGACACAUCACUACAACAUCCGAUAAGCUCAUCCCGAUAAACUAUAAUAGUAAGUAGUUCGACUCUCUCUGUCUUCUUUUUAGAGAUACAUGUGUCAUUAUUAUUAUUGAUUAUUAUUACGAUUUAGUACCAAUACCACUAUUAUUAUUAAUAUUAUUAUUUGUAUUAUUGCUAUCAUCAUCGUUAUAAUAAUAAUUAUUAUUAUUACUGU